CCGCCCCGUACCGCUAUGGCGGCGGUGGCCGGCCGGCUGCGGCGCUGGGUGCUGCUGCUGGCGGUGCCGCUGCGCUGGCCCUGCGGGCCUCGCCGCGGGGCUGCUGGCGGCCCGACGGCGGGGCAGGUCCGCGCUGCCUUCCUCCGCUUCUUCCAGGAGCGCCACGGCCACCGCCGCCUGCCCUCGGCCCCCGUGCGGCCCCGCGGCGAUCCGCGCCUGCUCUUCGUCAACGCGGGCAUGAACCAGUUCAAGCCCAUUUUCCUGGGCACAGUGCACCCCCGGAGCGAGCUGGCCGGGCACCGGCGCGUGGUGAACAGCCAGAAGUGCGUGCGUGCGGGAGGGAAGCACAACGACCUGGAGGACGUGGGCCGAGAUACUUACCAUCACACAUUCUUCGAGAUGCUGGGCAACUGGUCCUUUGGGGAUUACUUUAAGGAAGAGGCAUGUAGCAUGGCCUGGGAGCUCUUGACAGAGGUCUACAAGAUCCCCAGAGAUCGUCUCUACAUCACCUAUUUUGAUGGAGACUCAUCGCUGGGGCUGAGCGCAGAUGAGGAGUGCAGGGACGUGUGGCUCCGCCUGGGGGUGCCUGCCAGUCAUGUGCUUCCUUUCUCAUCAAAGGACAACUUCUGGGAGAUGGGAGACACGGGUCCCUGCGGUCCCUGCACAGAGAUUCACUAUGACUACGUGGGCGGUGGCAGAAAUGCUGCAGCCCUGGUGAACCAGGGCAACCCUGAUGUGGUGGAGAUCUGGAACCUGGUCUUCAUGCAGUAUAACAGAGAGGUAGAGGGGAAUCUGCUUCCCUUGCCGCAGCACCAUGUGGAUACGGGAAUGGGCCUGGAGAGGCUGGUGACAGUCCUGCAGAACAAACGUUCCAACUACGACACAGAUCUCUUCACUCCCAUCUUGGAUGCCAUUCACAAGGGCUGCAGGGGGCCCAAGUACCAAGGCCUGGUUGGGGCCGCUGACAUCGGGCAUGUGAAUAUGGCCUACAGGGUGGUGGCAGAUCACGUGCGCGCCUUGUGUGUCUGCAUCACCGAUGGCAUCUACCCAGGCAUCUCUGGAGCAGAGCUGGUGCUGCGUCGCAUCCUGCGCAGGGCUGUUCGCUUUUGCUCUGAAGUCCUUCACGCUCCGCCUGGCCUCCUGGCCUCCCUGGUGCCUACUGUUGUGGAAGUGCUGGGAGAUGCCUAUCCAGAACUGAUGAAGAAUACAGAGCAGAUCAUGGAUAUCAUCAAUGAGAACGAGGCAGCUUUUCUGUCCACCCUGAAGCGUGGGAGGCACAUCAUAGAGCAGACAGUGCAGCAGAUGGAGCCCUCCACACAUUUCCCAGCUGAAGUAGCCUGGUCUCUCUAUGGGAAUUUGGGAUUCCCUCUGGAUCUGAUUGACUUGAUGCUUGAAGAAAAGGGAAUCAGUUUGGAUACAGCUGCUUUUAAUGAACUUGCUUUGGAAGACACAAAGCGGAAGGCUGGUGGCCCCCAGGCAGGACAGCUGGAGGACACAAAUACACACCUGGAUGUGCACUCACUGGCUCAGCUGAAGAGCAACAACGUGCCUGCUACAGAUGACUCUCUGAAGUACGCUUACAGGCUGGGGCAGCACGGGCAGUACGAGUUCAGCCCGUGUCAGGCCACUGUCCUGAUGCUGUAUAGAGAUCAGUCUCUACAGCAGGAGGUUGCGGCAGGGCAACGCUGUGGUGUCAUCUUGGACAGGACUAACUUCUAUGCAGAGCAGGGUGGGCAAGACUCUGACCAAGGCUAUAUGAUACGUUUAGGACAGCAGGAAACGCUCUUCCCCAUAGAGUCAGUUCGCCUCUGUGGUGGCUACGUGAUCCACGAGGUCACUGCUAUGGAAGCCCUGCAUGCUGGGGACCAAGUGCAGCUCUUUGUGGAUGAGGCGCAGCGGCUGGCCUGCAUGACCAACCACACCGCAGCCCACCUGCUCAACUUUGCUCUGCGCCACGUCCUGGGCAACAGUACCGAGCAGCGCGGCUCCCACGUGACACCACAGUACCUGCGUUUUGACUUCGACACUAAGGGCCCUGUGACUGUGGAACAGCUACAGCAAGUGGAGCAAGUGGUCCAGGAUGUGAUCAAACAAAAUGAGGUUGUGCACAUGGCUGAGGUCCCCCUCACAUUGGCGAGAAGAGUUCAGGGACUCCGCAUGAUGGAUGAGGAGUAUCCAGAUCCAGUGAGGAUAGUGUCCCUGGGGGUCCCUGUGGAGAGUGUGCUGACCCGCAACUCUAAGGCUGCAAUGCAGACCUCUGUGGAGCUCUGCUGUGGGACGCACCUUCUGCGAACAGGAGCUGUGGAAGAUGUGGCCAUCAUCGGUGAGCGUCAGCUUGUUAAAGGGAUUAGCCGUGUCAUUGCAGUGACAGGGGCACAAGCCAAACAGGCCCGGGAAGUGGGCCAGUGCUUGGCUAUGGAAGUGGACUCUGCCUCCCUACGAAUGAAGCAGGGGAGCACCUCUAUCCCUGAGAUGCAGAAGCUCUCCAAAGAAGUGGGCCAGCUGACUAAAGUGGUGGCUAACACUGCAAUGCCCCAGUGGCAAAGAAAAGAGCUACAGACCAUCCUCAAAGCGCUACAGCGAACAGCUAACACAGCCGUCAAAAAACUGGAGAUACAGCAGGCUGAAGUGAAGGCACAAAGCCUGCUAGCAAAGCAUUGCAAUCAACCUGUCAUCAUUGACACUGUCCCAGCUGAGUCCCUCUCUAUCCUAAUGAAGGUGGUCAACCAGCUGUGUGAUAAGUCUCCUGGCACGUCAGUACUGCUGCUCAGCCCUCAGGCUUCUGGUGAGGUGCUCUGUGCCUGUCAGGUGUCCAAGAACCGCCUCCCACUGGUAUCAGCUGCCGACUGGGCCGUGGCUGUGUGCUCGCAGAUGGAAGGGAAGGCAGGAGGCUCUCCCGUGGUCGCCAAGGGCAGUGGGAGUGCCAGGGGCAUGCAGGGAGCCCUGACUGCUGCCCUGCAGUUCGCUCAGAGGAAACUGACCCAACUCUGAUGCUCUGAUGACAGGACAGCUGUAUGCAGUUCAGCUGCACGCUCGAUGGACACAAUGCAGAGCACGUCUAACACUCUGAUCUGAACAGUCUAGCAGCUCCCAUACUGAACGUUGUUGUAGCCACUGCAUUGGAGCAUUUGGCUUCUGGACAUCAGGGAUGAGCAGAGACCCCACUCCUGAUCCCACUGACAGCAUGAUGCUGCCUGUUAUCAGCAUAGACACGUAGGGAUUGAGCCUCAGAAAGCACCAGUUGCAGCAGCAGAUCCUGCUUCUCCAGGAACAACACAGUUUUGCCACAAGACCAGCACAGAGGCUCUGUGAGAGCAUGGAAAGAGGGCACAGUGUUAUCGUAAAGCCAUUAAAGGGUACAGAUAUGUAA